AUGCUUUUGGGCCUCCAAGCUCCGAAUCCGUGUUUUGACGUGCUUGAAUACAUGGACCAUGGCUACACUAACCUCGUCACGUCCGAGUACAUUUGGCUCGGCCCGCAGCUUGCCACAUACAUUGCGCAGUUCGUGGUCGUUCUCGUGGCCCUUGGGUCGGUCAAGAGCGAUAUUUCAGUCUCGAUCCUCGUCGACUUGGUCGCGGGGACAACGUACGCGCUGGUGCUGCUUGUGUUUUCGCUCCUCGGCAAGUAUUACCUCGUCUUCAACCUCAGUAGCAUCCUCACGUCCGACUCGCUUGUCUCGAUGAGCCUCAUUUCUGUCACUUCGUUCUACCACAAUUUGAUCGUGUCCCAUGUCUGGCCAUCCAAGCUUUUCGUCGCAAUCACGCCGAGCGUCAUUCGAACUGGCGUCGUCCAUCGCGGGCUUCUCACCCUUCUGGCGUUGACCGUCACGGCCACGGAGGUGUGUCUCGGCUGCACCUACAACGAGAGCGUUCAGAUCGGGACGAACCCGACGCCGUGUGUCUUUGGAACUGGCGACUGCUUCAACGCCAUCAACCUUCCCGUUGUCGCAUGCGUUGUGGGAUACCCAUGUCUGCUCACUCUGUACACCGUUGCUAUUACGACGUACGUUCGACGGCAACCGCGUGCGCUUUUCGUCGCCGCCGAAUGGAUGAGCUUCAGACAAGUCGAGCUCGAGACUACGCCCAACCACGUUCCAGCAACGACGUUCGAGACCUUUUGCUGCGACAAGCGCCUCGACCAGCUCCUCCAGGCACGCUAUCUCUGCGUCGACGUCCCGUCCGGAAAAAUCGGGACGCCAUCCUCGCAGUCAUGACGCUCGGGUUUGUGCCGAUGCGGUCAGGGCUCCUUCUUCGGUUCAAAGACUACCUCACACUCGCGAUCGUUCGCUUCUUGCCGGCCAGGUGGAAGCGACGGCUGCGCAUCUUGAUCCCGAUCGCGACCAUUUCGCGGGGCAGCAUCAACGGCCCCGUCACGUUUAUACAAGUUAGCGACCUCCCCGUCGACGAUCUGCGUGUUAGCGCGCUGCAAUGCAUCGUAUAGUCCAUUCCAUCGAGCGCGUUUCAAGUGCCGACGCGGAGGGUUAGGGGUGG